AAGUCUCUUCAUUCUAUACGAGGCGACAGUCUAUGUAUACGGUCAGUAGUAUCGCGGGUUUGGUACACAACUAUCACUGAACGAAGAACGAGAGAUAGCACGCGUGUAUUUUAUUACAAUUACGAAAAAUCGGCAAACUCUAGCAAACGCGAAUAAAAUCGCUUCACGAGAACGAGCACCGUUCCUCGAGCAACCAUAGCCGCGAACCAUAACCACAUCCUUUGCUAUCUAGUAGUUUGAAUCAAGAAUCAGUGCGCGGGUCUAUCCCGCGUCGAAGUUCGUUUCUCAGAAGAUUAUCGCCUAAUUCGAGAAUAACAGAGGUUUCUAUAAAUUGAAAUUGGAAGGAAAAACGGAAAGGAUCUAUCAACAGGAAGAAACUUGAUACCAUCUUCGUUCGUCUUCUCAGGCGAUAGCCUUCACGUGCCUCGUUUUUUGGAAAGAAGAAUUGAUUAUCUACACAACAGGAUGAAGCUAGUACUCUUAGUGACUUUGCUGGCGGUUCUAUACAUCGUCCAGUAUUCCAAUAGUGCGGCAGUCAGAUCGGAGGAAUUUGCCGAACAAUUACGCAGGAUUGUUCACGAAAUGCAUCCCGAUAACCUGAGAACGCAAAGAGCAACCGAAAGCGGAAAUGACGACCGUCCGAAACGGAAUUGUUAUGAUACACCCUGCGGAUGGAAUACAUACAAUCCUGUCACUCGGCGAAGCACGAUUUUCAUGCCGAAUACAUGCAAGUGUCCUGAUGAAACGUAUAAGUGUGUACGCACUGGAGAAAAUGUAUCUAUGAGUGCAUAUGUAUAUCACUGCCGUCAAAAUACGACAGCGGAUGACAUCGAAGGCGAGACAGCCGAAGAUAUGGAUUAUCUUAGUUAAGAAACAUGAUAAACAGACAUACCUGAAUGACAAACGUCUUCUCAAACAACCGUGGUCAUGGUGGCAUCACCGUCCUUAUUGCUGUCUCACCGUUGAACGAAGUGAAUUUUCCGUUUUUCAAAAAACACUUUGACACUCUGUUUAAAUAUUAUAUCAAUUAUUAUACUCGCGUAUAUAGUUCUAUAACAAAAAACAUGUCACAAUAUCACAAUUUAAAUAUGUAUUAAAUAAUUUUAUGCGGCCUGUCUAAGUGCUAUUAAUAUUUGAACGAACACUGCGGAAACGAAAUCAAAUAUCGGUUCGAUAUUUAAAAUCAAAUAUGGCCGCGAUAUAUUUCGAUAUAUUUCGAUAAUCGAGAUUACAGACAAGACAGAAUACCGAAAAUUUUUUAUUCGAAAUUUAUUAAAUUUAGAGCAUAAAUCAAGAAUUAAUUGAUUGUAUUUAAAGAUUUUUAACGAAUUAUUAAUAUUUAUAGAUGAAUAAGAUGAAAAUCGAAACAAAUUAUUUGAACGUGUAAUAUGGGAAUAUUGGUCUACCGGCGUAAGAAUAUUAGAAUAGAUUUUAACUAUAAAAAGUAUUUAUUUAUAUAUAUUCUUAUAUAAAAAACUUUCUGAGAUUAUUAUUUACAAUUUUUUCAUAGCUUUAGCAAAAAAAAGUGUUUAAAAUUAUCAAUUUUACCUUUAACUACACGAGAUGAAUUGGGUCUUCGAAUGAUGCACCACCUAUGACUGGUAACGAAAGACUGCGUACAAAUUUCGCGCUGCUAUUAAGCAAGUCUCGUGCAGUGGCGCUAUUUUCAAAUUCGUUUAGUUUAUAAAUUAUUUUAAAUUUCAAUUUCGUUAAAAAUCGAUAAAAAAAAAUUAUAAAUAUCGCAGUGUCACGUUUAUUUUAAUGUAAAUUGAGAGUAGAAACGGAAAUUAAGUUACUAUCGUUCGGAAUAUACAAGACGCACGGAAUAUGAAGCCGUAAGUUAAUUGCAGUUUUUUUUCAAAUUAUUCAUAUAGAAAAUUCAUCAUAAGGUAAUUAAGCAAUAACUAACAUGCAUCAAUAUUUUAUGAAUUUUAAUCAUAAGUUUCAUUUUACUUUCUCUUGAUAUGAAAUAGAAGGAAGUAUGAAAUGAAAUCUUUUCAGACCUGAUUGAUUUUAUCAAACUAAAUUAUCACAAAUGAAUUGUACUUGUCUCAUCAAAAAUAUCUAAGUUAUAAAAAAGUUACUUAAAUAUUUCAAGAAUGAAUAAGAUUAGGUCUAAAAAGAUUCGAGUUUGUAUCAAACUUUAAUAAGAUUUGAAAAUUUGUAAUUUUAUUUUUAAGUUAUAGUUCGUUUAUUACACUUGAACUAUCAUUUAAAAUUAAGCGAACUAUCAUUUAAAAUUCGAAUAUUCAUCUCGAUCAUCAUUUUUUUCAAUUUUUCAUAAAACUAUUUUAUUGCCAAUAUAAAAUUUAUUAUUGAAAUUUACGAGAAAUGUAUCUUUUGUUUAAAAAGAAGACAAAUGUAAAAUUUUUUAAUAUUUCAUCAAUAAUAAUGAUGCAAUUGAAAUAUCAUUCGACUUUCAAAUACGAAUUAGCAAUCGAUUCUUACAAUCGAUGACAAACUUCGACGAAUAGUUCGAUAUAUCGAUUUAUAUUUGAAUUUAAAAAUAUCAGUUACAUAUAAAAACGAAUUUAUUUUUUAUCGAAGUUUAUCAGCGAUUAACAUUUAAUUAUUCUUAAGUUAAUAUGCACCUUAAGAGUACUCAAGGUGGUGUAAAAUUAGCAAGUAUAUAGGUUACAGUAUUUUGAUAAGGCACGAUUCACAAUUUUGUACUUAACAGGGAAAAUUGUUUUGAAUCUUUUUUGUAUAUCAUUAUCGAUUAUUUAUAGCGUGCAAUAGUAAUGUAUAAUUGAUGGAUGAAAUACAGUAGUUUAAUUUACAAUCUAAUUAUAUUUCUUUCAUCAAUUAUAAUUAUCAUUCAUUCAUUAUAAAUGCCAUGUUCGAAUUUUUAUUCAAAGACCAAAGAGGUUCUUGCCCCAACAAUUAUUUUUCAACAUUUUUCACAUUUCAUAGAUAUUACACCGUCUUGCAGUUGCUUUGCAACUAUAUUAACACAAAACAGAGAUGAUAAAUCAUCUUAUUCUUUGUUUCCAAUUGCAUUGCAAUAGAUAUACAUGAAAAGAUAAAACAGAAAAAUAAUUAUAUAGAACCACUUUUCUACACGUUUAUAACAUCAAAAAUAUUUCAAAAUUUAAGAAUUUAAUAUGUUAAAUGUAAUUAUGUGUGUGUUUAAUUAUUUAGAAAAUUUUUAUUAUUAGAAAAAAUACUUAAACAUUACUUAAAUGAAUUAAUAGUUUAGAAUAUUUUUACUAUUUCAAGAAAGCGUGUAGAAAAUAGUACAGGCAAUGUAUUCAUAUGCAGUAUUUCACUUAAUAUUUAAUACACAGGAAGAUUAAAUUAUCUAUAGUUGUACAAUGAUUAUCAAUGUUAUCAUUUUUAAUAAAAAUAAGUAAUGUUGCUGGAAA